GAUUUAUUGAAGAGCUGAUCAGUCACUCGCCAGGGAUCGCAGGGAACGGACGGCCUUUCUCUCUUGUGUAGAAUUGUUUGUUAUAAUCCGAAAUAAUGGCUCAGCUCGACAAGAUUGCUGACAAUAUUGUCAAGAAAGCUGAUACUAAGGAGGAUGUGAAGAUGAACAGCUUCUGGGCAGAAGGAGGCUGUGUCCUCUUCUUCAUGCGGCGGUUUGGAUGAAUGUUCUGCCGUGUGGGAGCCAAAGAGCUUAGUCUCUUGGCCCCACAGCUCGCCCAGGCUGGUGUGAGGCUCAUCGGCAUUGGCCUGGAGGAAUUAGGGGUCGAGGAGUUCAUCGAGGGAAAAUUUUUUGAUGGAGAAAUAUAUAUCGACACAGAUAAGAAAAACUACAAAGCCCUUAAUUUCCGAAACCUCAGUGUUCUUGCCCUGAUUCCAGCUCUAGUAGCCAAAGUAGCCAGGGACACAGUACGAAAGGCCAAACAAUUGGGGAUAUCAGGAGACAUGAAGGGUGACAAAAUGCAGACUGGAGGACUGCUUGUUGUGUCGCCUAAAGGCGAGAAAGUAUUGUAUGAGUUUAAACAAGAAAAUCCGGCUGACCAUGCAGAGAAUGCAGCAAUUUUAAAAGCCCUUGGCUUAGAAGCAGGGGAAACAGCUGUUGGAGGAGAAAAGAAAGAUAGCGUGAACGUGACAGACUUGGAGUGCGAAGAAGUGUGUGCUAUGCCAGCUAAGAAGUAAAUAGAUGUGUGGGACUGCCAUGUACUCUCUGCAAUGUGUAUGACUGUUGCAACUGGUUUUCAAUCUUUUGUAUUGCAUGUCAGAAUGUUUACCACUUUGCUGAAUUCCAUAUUGAAAUAGGAGAUACUAAAUGUUUGAUAUCUUUAUGCCAACAAAGACUAUAAAAAUUAUUAGUUUAUGAUUUAAAAUAAUUUGCCUCUCCCUUAAAAUUUAAUUUUUUUUCUUUUUUUUUUUUAAUCAACAUUAGUAUUUUAGAAGUGCUCAUAUUCAUUCCAAAUUUAUAGGGGACAAAGAUUAGCAAAACAAGUUGCAAAUGUUUUCUGUGCCUUUUUAAAGAUAAUGAAAAAUAUAUAUACAAAUUUUAUUUUUAUAGCAUGAUGCUACUUAUAAGGAUAGUUUAUCAUUAGGUCAUUAAUCAAAGCUGGAGAUACUUUUUGAUAUGUAAAAAAAAUUGUUAUAUGCCCCUUUACUUUUGCAGCCUAAUAGAUUUUUUAAUAGUAUCACGUCUGCCAUAGAUUAGCCUCCAUAUAUAGUUAUUGAUGUCUUCUAAUGAACAAUUUGGAAAACUACUUAAGUGAGAUAUCUUGUUUUCAUGAUAAUGCAUAAGAAUGAAUAGAUAGUGCCAUUUGAGGAUGUAGAAUGAUUGCUAGAAUCUUUGUCAUACAGUAACACUCAGGAACUAACAAUAACUAUUAAAAUAUUAACACAUGGCAGAUCUCAUUAAUUUAAAUGUUCAGCUUAAUUACACUGUGUCACAAACUUUAUUAUCAUAAUAAUAAUUUGCAUUUUUUUUACGUCAUGAAUAAUUGUAUGGGUGUAUUUUUCAUGUUCGAGAAGCAUAUUCUGCAAUUUAUAUAUAUUUAUACGGGCUUUGAUGUAUGAAGUCUUGUGUAUAAAUGAAAUUUUCAGGACACAAGAUGGAUGUGUAGAAAGCCAUUGUUUAUAUGUAUGAAUUAAGCAUGGAAGAGCUUCUGUGUACAUGAUCCAACGUUGCACAUAAACAGAUGAAAAGAAA